GCACAUGUUUCAGAAUUCAGCACAUUUCUUUGUAAUUUAAAAACUGCACAAUGAACACCAAACAGUUUGUGUUUCUCGUAAUUAUUUAUCAAUAUACAUUCUACACAGGAGUGACCACUCUGGAGGUGCCCAAACACAUGGUGUCAGGUGUAAAGAAAUUGACUAAUAUAUGCAUAAAGGAAUCUGGUGCCAGCGAAGAUUUAUUUAAGGAAAUCAGAGCGACGGGCGAAUUGCCCAACAAUCAAAAUUUAAAGUGUUUCAUGCAUUGUGUGCUGGACAAAAUUGGAUUGAUUGAUGAUGAUAACAUCGUGCACUUGGAUAAUCUCAUUGAAAUAAUGCCACCAGACUUUGUGCCGAUAAUAGAGCAGUUGCACACAACUUGUGGCACAAAAAGUGGCGCUGAUGGCUGCGAAACGGCGUUUUUAACAAUAGAGUGUUAUAUAAAAAGAGAGCCAAUCAUAUCAAAAAUGUUGUUUUCAACAUUCGCGGAUUGAUUAAAUAAA